AUGCCGUGCCUCAACCUCUCCACCAACGUUAACCUCGACGGCGUCGACACCUCUUCCAUUCUCUCCGAAGCCACCUCAACCGUGGCCAACAUCAUCGGCAAACCCGAAGCCUAUGUGAUGAUUGUAUUGAAAGGAUCAGUACCUAUAUCUUUUGGUGGGAAUGAGCAGCCAGCAGCUUAUGGUGAGUUGGUGUCCAUUGGCGGCCUGAGCCCUGAUGUGAACAAGAAACUCAGUGCUGGCAUUGCUGCAAUUCUUGAAACCAAGUUGUCUGUGCCAAAGUCGCGAUUCUUCUUGAAGUUUUACGACACUAAGGCAUGGUUCCAACUUUGGAUGGAAUGGAACUACAUUCUGAGUCCGAGUUAUUGCGGUAAUGAUUCCAUGGAUGCCAUGGAUUGGAUGUCGGAUGAACUCGUUAUUCUGUUUCAGAACUUCUUUCUUUAUCAGUACUCUGAAUUUCAUAUACCCCUUUGA